CAGUUCUAUCUAUCAUUCAUAAAUGGAACGGCUAGAGUUCACAUCGUAAGAUGGAGCUGUUGUGCGUUUUAUUCGUAUUUAAUUUAAUAAAGUGCGGUAUCACAUUAAAUUUAGACUAUUUGGAUCCUGUGAAAUUACAAACGAAAACAUCGCCAAAAGUGCAGCAAGACGCCGCGUUUAAUAUUAUAAAUAAAUAUUUAUAUAAUGUACAAGUCGAAAUUAAUCCUGUUAUGUUCAAUGACCAUAAAGAUGUGUUCGCACUUCGAACUAUAAAUGGACAACUUCACAUCAGAGCGAGUUCCGGAGUAGCGGCUGUUUGGGGUUUCAAUCAUUAUUUAAAAAAAUACUGCAAGAGUCAGAUCGCGUGGCAAGUUCAGCGAGUGGUCAUCCCCGAUCCUUUGCCGGAGGUGGAUGAAACUAUUGUUGCGAACGACAGAUUCCGUUAUUAUCAAAAUGUUUGUACUUCGUCGUAUAGUUUCGUGUGGUGGAAACCAAAUUCCGAAUGGCCUCUCCACGUAGAAUGGAUGGCUUUGAAUGGAAUUAACCUGGCCCUAGCUCCCGUUGCGCAGGAGGCAGCUUGGGCAAAAAUUUACAGACGAUUGGGUAUGUCAGAAGAUGAUAUUAACAAACAUUUCACCGGACCGGGUUUCCUCGCUUGGCUUCGAAUGGGUAACGUACAUGGAUGGGGGGGACCUCUACCUAAAUCUUGGCAUGAUCUUCAAAAAGAGAUACAAGAUAAAAUGGUCGAUUUAAUGUUUAAGCUUGGAAUGGUACCCGUUUUCCCUGCGUUCAACGGACAUGUGCCCAGAGCAUUUCAAAAUAUAUACCCAAAUUUGACUUUAUACAAUGUUGGAACUUGGAACAAAUUCGAUACCGAUUACUGUUGUAAUUUGUUUAUCGAUCCAAAGGAACCGGAAUUUAAAGCAAUAGGUAAAAUGUUUUUAAAGGAAAUCACCGCUAGCACUGGCACAGGAAACAUUUAUGCAAUUGAUCCAUUUAAUGAAAUUAAAAUUAAACCGUGGUCUACGUCGCUGGUACAGGAAACUGCUAAGUCAAUAUUCGCCACCAUAACCGAAGUAGACAAAGAAGCGGUAUGGCUACUCCAAAACUGGAUGUUCGUUCACAACCCACUUUUAUGGCCUUUAAAGAGAGUACAGAAAUUUCUAACGGCUGUACCAAAGGGACGAAUGUUAUUACUCGAUCUGCAGUCGGAGCAAUGGCCGCAAUAUGAUUUAUACGAAAUGUAUUACGGGCAGCCCUUCAUCUGGUGUAUGCUCCACAAUUUCGGGGGUACCUUAGGUAUGUUUGGAAACAUGAAAACUAUAAACAGGGAUGUUUACAAAAUAAGAAAUCGUGUUAAUACAACGAUGAUCGGCAUAGGAAUUACUCCUGAGGGCAUCAAUCAAAAUUAUGUAGUUUACGAUUUGAUGUUAGAAAGCGCUUGGAGGACGAAUCCCGUUAAAGAUCUAGAUGAAUGGGUGGGUGAUUAUGCCGAACGACGAUAUGGAUGCAAUUUAACAGCCACAGCUUGGAGGUACUUACUGAAAAGUGUAUAUAGUUUUGACGGUCUCAAUAGAAUAAGAGGGAAGUACGUUAUAACACGCAGACCCAGUUUCACAAUAAGACCCUGGGCUUGGUACAAGAGCCACGACUUAUUUGAGGCAUUCAAAAUAUUUGCCUUUGCCGAUAGUAACGUGUGCAAUUCACCUGGAUUCCUACACGAUCUCGUUGACGUGACUAGACAAGGUUUACAAUACAGAGCUGAACAAUUAUAUGUUAAUUUAUUAAGAGAUAAAUCAUCUAAUAUACUAAUAUUCAAUUUCACAAUAAAUCGAUUUCUGGACGCCAUGAACGACAUGGAGGGCAUAUUGGCAACAAAUACUGAUUUCACUAUUACCAAUUGGCUACAAUCCGCGAAGCAAAUAGCUUCAACAAACGAAGACACAUAUUUGUAUGAUUUAAAUGCGCGUAAUCAAAUUACUCUAUGGGGCCCAAAGGGCGAAAUAACUGAUUACGCUUGCAAGCAAUGGGCGGAACUUUUUCACUAUUAUUAUAAGCCAAGAUGGUCGAGAUUCCUGCAAAUGGCUUUGGACGCCAAGAUAAGAAAUGAAACAUUCGAUGAAAGGAACGCUCAGCGCGUUGUGAGAUAUUCAGUUGAAGAACAAUUUUUAACUGUAAACAUUGACCCAUUGCCCAGUAAUGAUUCGAGAGUUGUGGCAGUUCGUUUGUACCAGAAAUGGGCUUUCGUGUCAGAUCUGGACGAUUUACCUUUGAACAUUAUCAAGCAGAACUCAGAAAGGGAGGAUUCCGAAGAAAUUACGCCAUCAGUUACAAUGUGGACUACUACGUCUGAUUGAUGACUUUAUUUAAAAUUAUAUUUUCAUUAUUAUUAUUUUUAUUUUUAUAUUUACUUACUCUUAGUGCAAAAGGUCGCAUGCACAAUUCCAUUUAUUUUACAAUAAAGAAUAAAACCUU